UCGCCCGCCUCUCUCCCUCCCGGCAGUGCAUCCCCAUCCCCCACACACGGUGGCCGUCUCUCCGGGUGAAAGCUGUCUUCCCAGCGCUACUGGCCCGACAAAAACGUUGCUGUAGCAGAGCCAGUCCGCAGCGAUCCGAAGCUCCGCAGACCCACGAGAGAAAGAAACACACAGAGUUUGUCUUUCACUGUUCCACCGAGUGGUUUUGAUUUGCAUAUCCACUUCCACUCCUCCCUCAUUUGCAUACAGCAAGAAUGGCGAGCGGGCAUCCCACAGACAAAUUCAGUUUCAUGUAUCAACCAGACACGCACAAGAGUAAAAGCAGGUUAUCUUCAGCCAUGAAUCCAGUCUACAGUCCUGUUCAGCCUGGCACUCCUUAUGGAAACCCCAAGAACAUGGCCUUCACAGCCUAUCCAGGAGGGUAUCCAGCCACAGCUCCCACCUACACUCCGAAUCUCUAUCAAACAGGCAGUCCUGGGUAUCCACCAGGAUACACCCCAGCGGGAACCCCAUACAAAGUGCCCCCCACUCAGUCAAAUGGAGCACCGCCUCCCUACACCCCCACUCCCACCCCAUACCCCACAGCUAUGUACCCCAUCCGCAGUGCCUACCCUCAGCAGAACAUUUACGCACAGGGAGCAUACUACACCCAGCCAGUGUAUGCUGCCCAGCCACAUGUGAUCCAUCACACCACUGUGGUGCAGCCCAACAGCAUCCCCUCCACAGCCCUCUACCCUGCCCCAGUCCCUGUUCCUGCCCCUCGUAACAACGGCAUGCCUACCAUGGGGAUGGUAGCCGGGACAACCAUGGCCAUGAGCGCAGGGACUCUGCUGACAACACCCCAGCACCCACCAAUCGGAGCACACCCAGUUACUGUGCCAACCUACAGGCCCCAAGGGACCCCCGGUUACAGCUACGUACCGCCUCACUGGUAGAGCCCACCCAUCAUAUCUGGAGUCCACCAUCGUAUGCAACUGCUCAAAUGUUACACGAGCUCCCAGCGGUAACCACGAGAACUCGGCACCUGUCUGCAAGAACAAAACUAAAGUGCAACAGCCACUUUACUAUUAUUAUUAUUAUGCGACAUUCUCUAAUGUUUAUACAAAGGCUGCUUUUGUUUUUAUUAUUCUCUCUUCUGUUUGUUUGCCAACCAGUCAUUACGGUCUUAUUUUAUUUCCUCUCGAUUGUUUAGUUUGAAUUCCUCUUUUUUUUUUGCCGCGUCUUUCCUUUGAACUCCAGAAAGGACUCUCGACCAAUCGCAGGUGUCGGUCGGUCGCUCCUGUUUUUGUGUUGUGCUGGUGUGUGUGCUCCCCGCCUGCUGCUGCCGCUGCUGCUCAGUUUGCUGGAAAAUAUUGGACAUCAUCAUCAUCAUCAAAGACUAUUGACUAAUGCUGCCAAAUUUUCUAAUAACUAGAUAUCAGCACAGGGUUUUAACAUCAUCAGAUCAUUUUUUUCCUGCUUUUAAGGGGGGUAAUAAUAUUUCUAAAUGUCCUUUAUACUACCAACCUCAAUUGCUUCACCUUUUAUUUUUUCCUGCCUUCCUCUUCAUCCCUAUUUUUUGCCUGAUUAUGUUUGAUUCUCAGUCCGAUCUCACUUGUCUUCCAAUGCGUAGUAGCUGUGUGUCCGUCAUCCCUUUUGCCACAUUAGCCGGUGCUGUGAGCACUUACAGAUCACGACCCGUCGUUUUUUCACAUUAACGCUGUACCUAGUACACAUUAACGAAAAGAUUCUCCGACGUCAUGCUACACUCUAUGCAGGCUGGCAUGUUGGGACACUAUUGGAAUCUUAACCUAGCUAGUUUGGGUCAUAACAGUGACUCUUUUGUCUGCGGGUUUUUGCAUUUAAACAAAUGUAGGGGUUUUGGGGAUUACACUUAAACACACUCACACUUAGUGGCACUUACUGGACAGUACCUCCAGUUGUAAAACACACAAAAAGAAACAUAGCUAUCUGGCAGAAACUGCCAGCACAAAAUGAGUUUAAAGAGAUUGUGGAGGCGGCGGGGGGAGGGGGGGGAAACACAUUGAAAGGCAGGCGAACAAUUUCAAAGUACAAGACAUUUAAGUGUGUGACGUUUCUCCUUUAAAGGCGGACGGCACAUUGCGGCUAUUUUUGUACUCUACAUCGAUUUUCUGUCUUCUCUUCUGGCUGUGAUCGUGCUCUCUCCUUCCACUUCCCAGGCGAGGACUAAUGAACAAACACACAACAGCUGAGACAAAUUUAAUGAAGGCCCAAUAAAGUGAACGCACUUCAGCGUCAUCCACUGCUGCUGAAUGAUGGGGAAACUUUUGUAGGUCUAACGGGAAACGUGACACACUGACUGUUGUGAUUGUUUCUUCCUUGUUUGUCCUCGUCUGGGGAAAAUUUGUGCAGAAGGUUAAAGACUGAUUGUGGGGUUUUAAUACUUGGAUAAGGCCAGUGGCAUUUUUUAGGAUUUACUCUGAGGAAAAUAAAUCCCACUAGCAUCUAGGCAUAGGCCGGUUCCUUGCAUCCAGGUGUAACCGGUGUUUGAAACCGCCAAAGUUUCCUGUCGUACCGUUCGUAAGGUGUAAAGUUUUUUACUGAGAUGCAAGAGAAAGUGGCAGUGCCCAGGGUUUUUCUCUGAUUGCAUGGAGCCCCAUGGAGCUGUGGAUGUGCACUGCUGGCCAGCUGGCUGAAAGGAACCUGCUAAAUCUCAUAGGCUGUCUUGAUUACAAAAUGACAAAGUUGGCCAGUUGGCCAGGGAUAUUUGUAGAACAGGGCUGUACAAUUUAGUGAAAAGAUUAAAUUGCAAUAUUAAUGUUAAGCAUUAGGAUGAUAAUGACUAAAUCACAUUUUUGUUUCUUUGUCAUUACAACUUUGUUUUUUUUUACAUAUCUUUAUGAGAUUUGUAUCAGGUGUGGGCAUAAAAGGCGGCAAAAAUGUAUCCAGCUUCUCACAUAGCAUUGGCAACAGUUUUGAAACAUCGCCGCAUACCAAAUAUUGCAAUUCACUAUUUUGUGUAGCCCUAUUUUGAAUAUUUCCUGUUGCUAGCACUUGAAAGCAUUUCCUCAAAUAUUGCUGUUCUCAACUUAGUUUGUGAGCAUUAAAGUUUAUAAAUCUAGUAAUCAAUAUGUAAUUUUAAUAGCAGAAGGAAUAACUUGCGACAUAUUUUAAAUGAAAGCAAUGACGCCAUGUUUUCAUUUCAAGUUUUUGUUAAAAUUCAGAAGCUUUUUUUCUUUUUCCUUUUAACUCGAGGUUAUCAUACAAUCAGGAUCUUGUGCCGGCCCAUGCCUACUCGCAUCCUAACUCUUGAGAUCUGUACAGUGCAGGUCGGUAUUACAAGAAGCAUUUACUGCUGGUGUGUGGAUGUAGUGGUUUGAUUAUUGCAAUAAAUUAAGGGCGUGCGCACUCCAUAUGUUGACAAAGUAAUUAUUUUGACAGCCUUUUUGAGUUUGUUUAAAAAGAAAUCGUGAUAUCCAAAUAGGGAGUCGAGGCUGCUCGCGCUGCCAACGUUCAAUAAGUAAUACUGCAAAGAAGUCAAGAACAUAUCAGAACUUUGGGGUAUUGACUAACCAUGCAAGGAAUUAUUGCACAACAUAAGAUAAAGGAAUAAAAAACUUGACUAUACUAUAAUUUAAUGCUAAGUAACAGGUACUUAGGCUUUGUAGUGCAAAAAGGAGGAAAAAGCAAUUUAUAUCAUAAUUAAAACAAUAAGGUGGAGUGUUUGAAUUAUUAUUAGUCAAGAUGUUUGUACACUAGUAGGUUAAUUCUUAAGACGAUAUUGCAUAAUGCCGCUGUCGGAGGAAAAUAAAAAUUUCACUGAAUAUCUGGUGGAUAAUAUUGGAUAUAUUUCGACCAUGACCAGAUCCUGUAUAUUUAAAAUUGAUUGUGAGACUGGAUAAUAUAAAAAAAGCAGGAUUUUCUUGCGACAGCAGCAAUGUUACUCUACAUUAGGAUUAUUUAACCAACCACUACUUUUGUCAGUAUUUCUGAAUUAAAAUCCUCUUGUUUGCUUUGUUUCUUCUCCUUCUCUCCCUUAGGUCAGUUGAACGUAAUGGGUUUGCAUAAUAUUCAGGUGUCUUUCACUAUAGCAUUGGUUUUCUAGGUUUAAAAAAAACAACAUGCAGUAUAUUUAAAGAGCGAGUGGUACAGUAAUGUAUUUCUAGCUAAGCAUGGUUGCGUUAAUGUGGCAGCUACUGUUUGUGCUUUUUAUUUAAGGGUUUUUUUUGUUGGUUUUUUUUACUGCAUCCCUGUCCUCUACAUAUCUUUCACUUUGAGGGGAGAAGUUACCACGGUGUCUGUAGAUUAUUGGAAGUUGUGGAGUCUGGCACCAGAUUCCCACAGGCUUUUUUUAUUUUAUUUUUUUUAAUACCUGCUGCCUGAAUUCCCAGACACGCUGAGGGAAGUAGAGGAUGAGUGACAGAGCUGAAGUGGAGGAUAAAUGUGUCCAAUUGUCUGUCUGUUUUAGCUCCAUAGCUGCAAGGAUGUAUUGAAUGAUGUCUGAAAAAACCCUCAGCCUCCAUUCUCUUUUUUUUUUUUUGUUUAAAUUUAAUUUUCCUGUGCCAUAUUUCACCAAUUGUUAUUCAGUAACUAAGUUUCUUCUCCCUAAUAACUGGUGAGCUCUGAGUCCUUGUUACGUCUUGCUUCCCGUGGAAUCUGUGUUUUCCUAUUGCUGUCCUUUUUUUCUGUCGCGUUGUUGACUCUUAUUACUUGUCUGACUUUUUAGGCUUACUGUACCCUACGUGUCUAACUUGUUUUUACUCCGUGCCAUUUUGCAUCUCCCUUCGGACUCUUCAUUUCUCCAACCUCGGGGAUGCAAAAUGAUGUCUGUCCCCAGUCUUUUUCCACUCUUACCUCGAUUGAACUUUUUUCUCUUGUUUUGUUUUUCCUCAGUUUGACCUUUGCUACACUCAACACCCUCACCUAAACUGCAGUCUUAUUGAAUUACAUCAUGAUUGCUGCCAUUUUUGUGUCAGCUGACCCUGUUUAACACUAGAUGUCACUAGUGACAAAGUCAUAAAGUGGCUUCGUAGUGGUUGAAGGCUUUGAGCCAACAUGCAUAGAAGAAUUGGGUAUCGUACCUUGAGCACUGGCACAUUAUGAUCCAAAUAGUCUUUUAAAGUAACAAAACAGGACUCAAGGUGAUGCCUCUUAUUUGCUGCACUUAUAAGAGUUUUCUGAGCUGUGGACCAACCUGGUCUGUGCAUGUUGUGGUAAUUUCAUUUUUCUCUUCAGAAACUAGAAAGUGUUUUUCUCUUUUCUUUUAAUAUGAAUUUGCAGUCUAUUUUUAAUUUUGUCUUGUGGUCAAACAGAUGAGCAGAAAUUAUUUUGUUUUCAUAUUUAAGUUUAUAUUAAGACAUUGUAACAUCAGUAGCAAAGAAAAACUACAAUUUGGCCAACCUCAGAGGGGCCAACCUUUUUUUUUCUGAUCUACCAUCCCAUUUAAAAUUCUGACUUGAUUUGUUUUUUUAUCAGUUUAACUUUCCUCACUCAAACUCAUCAAAAUUGUAUGCAUUUGUUGUUUAGUCUGAGAAUAUAGUUUCUGUCUAGGAAUAUUCAGAAAUAUUUUCAUUUCCUUUUUGCCAGUACAGCAAUUUUAUCCUAAAUAUUAAUAAUAAAAAAAUUAUUUCUACUCAUUUUUUUUAACCACAAAAAGAAAACCUAUUUUUCUAUCUAAUACUUAAGGAAAAUCUAAUGACUGUGCUUUUAGUUUUCAUCUUUAUUGGUUUUUGAUGAGAACAUCCAAUUACCAGGAGAUGCACGGUGCCAACGUUACAGAGGCAGAUCUACAGAGCUAAGAAACAGGACAACUUUUCUCCCAAGUAUUCCUGUUUUACAGGGAAAGCAAGCGUGUGCCUGCCUAUUUAGUUCGCUCCAUUCCUCGUCUCGUUAUUUUUCAAUUUGCACUGAAGUGAAAAGUCGGAGGUUGGGCAUUUUUGGUGUGUUCUGUGAGGGGGAACGUGUGCAAAGUUGUCUUAAACGCGAGUCUUUGAUCAUCUCUUCCUCUUUCCGUAAAUCAUCCUGUCCGCUGUAACAUUUCCAGACCUUUAAAAGGUGAAAAAAAACAAC